ACUAUGUUUUUUACCAACUAGUCUCUCUCAAACAGACAUUGCUUGCGAAUAGUGGAAGGGAAGAACCAUGGCUGGUGGUCACUUCCUCACUCUUCUCCAUUCCACUUCACGAUCUUCCUUGGUAAAGCCUAUUAGGCCAUUCUUCUACAACUCCACUAAGAAUUAUAGGGAGGCAAGCAAUGGAAACCGUAGCAGUUUGAUGGCAGAGAGAGCACCUUCCAUAGCUGAAGAAUUCCAGAGAGUUGCAGAGGAGAAAGCCAGGGAAGCCAAGAAAGAUGGUACUAUUGGUGACUCUAAGGUUGAAUCAAUCAAGAACAGGUUCAAACACCAUGAACCCGAGGCUGAUUAUAACAGGAGGGGUGAUUAGGAACCUACUUUAUGAACUAUGAAAUAUCUAUCUGUAUGUGCAUCCAGAAUAAGGUUGUCUUAUUUUCCAAUAGUUUCUAUGUGAGUGUUUCUGCAGCAGAAGAAACCAAAUAAUUAAAAGCUUAUUCAGUGUUUAUUUGUAAUAUUAGGUCUGCUCAUUGCACCUUAAAACUGUUAUGAAUUUCAUUAGUCUUUUGAAUAGACGUGUUGAUAAAUGGAGGAUAUUAUUAUUAUCAUUAAUUUGGUGUAU